AUGCGCUGUACGGGGCACUCGGUGUCGCUGGAUACCUGCGGCGGCCCAUUUCGGAGAGGAAGUGUCCUCGCGUUGGCCUUUCCUAAAACAGGAAAGACACCUUGCUGCAGCGAAAAAAAUGGAGCUGUCAAGAAGAGAAGAUCAAAUCAGGCAGAUAUUCCUGACAGUCUUUGUCAAGAAGCCGAGACAUGUUAUCGGCUUAGACUGCCUGAGGACUUCUACCAGUUUUGGAAGUUUUGUGAGGAGCUAGAUCCUGAGAAACCAAGUGAUGCACUUGUGUCAAGUGUUGGACUUAAACUGGUUGGACCAUAUGAUAUUCUUGCUGGAAAACACAAAAAACCAAAAUCAACAGAUGUGAACUUCAACCUUCAUUGGAGAUUCUUCUAUGAUCCCCCAGAAUUCCAGACGAUACUUGUUGGGGAUAGCAAAACACAGUAUCACAUGGGAUAUUUCAGGGAUGUGCCAGAUGAGCUCCCAGUGUGGGUUGGUGCAAAUGAAGCUAAGAAGGGCUGUGUGAUUUCACAAGUUGGUGAUAAUGUCUUUGCAGCAGUCAAAUUAUUUUUGUCAAAAAAACUCAAGGAAGUGACUGAUAAAAAGAAAAGUGCUGUUUUGAGAGACCUAGAUGAAAAGCUAACAAGGACAGCAAAAGAUCUGGGUUAUUCUCUGGAACAAAAAACCAUGAAGAUGAAACAGAGAGAUAAGAAAGUGGUGACCAAAGCAUUUCAUGGAGCAGGUCUAGUUGUUCCUGUAGACAAAAAUGAUGUUGGAUACAGAGAACUUCCUGAAACAAAUGCUAAUCUUAAAAAAAUUUGCAAGGCUAUUGUUGAUGCUCCUACUGAUGAUGAGAGAGUGAAGGCUUUUGCACCCAUUCAAGAAAUGCUGACCUUUGUUCAGUUUGCUAAUGAUGAAUGUGACUAUGGAAUGGGGUACGAACUGGGUAUGGACCUCUUUUGCUAUGGAUCACAUUACUUCCACAAGACGGUGGGCCAGCUGCUGCCCCUGGCUUACUCCCUGCUGAAGAGGAACCUCUUUGCCGAGAUCAUCGAGUCGCACUUGGGCAGCCGGCGGGAGGAGGGCCUGGACCAGCUGGAGCCCUGAGCCGGGCACCGGGGCUACGGCGGGGUGGGCAGCCUUGUCUGUCUCUGUGUGUGUGUGGGCUUUUUGUACUCAGUGGCGGUGUCUGGGGUCAGUAAAGCUUUUCUAAGGAA